AAAGAAAAAAAACAAAAAAAAAGGGAAAAGGCCGCUGCCGCUCUUGUCCUUCCGCUGUUAAGUGUCCCUUCCGCUGUAAGUUUCCCUAACAAUUUGAUGGAAAGGCUGUACAUUAAAGAUAUUUUGUAGCAAUUUCUUGCUCAUAUGAUAUUGCAGAACGGAGAUUUUGGCUUUUACAUACAAUCGAGACUAUGGAUUCUUUGGCAAGUUGUCCCUUCUGUGAUCGGCGGUGGCGGCUGAUGUAGGCAUGCCAACAGCCACUUUGAGGAGGCGGACGAUGAGCAAUUCACUAUGGACAUGGAAUUGGGCCAAGAACUUGCCUUUGCAUCAUCAUCUUCUACUUGUUUUCCUGAAGAAAGCAUGGAUGAGAGGGUGUCUUGUUUGAUUGCUUUGCAGGUUAGAAGCUCCUUUUACCAUGUCAAAGUAGAAGGUGGUGGUGGGUUGAUGGCCUUGCUUCGCAAGCGUUUGGAAUUAGAUACCGACAAUGCUUGUACUUCUACUGUCUUCCUCGCUGGCUACGUCGAUCAUUUUCAGAGCAUGUUCUCUGAGGAUGUUGGCUGGGGUUGUGGAUGGCGUAACAUCCAAAUGCUCAGUUCUCAUUUGCUUUCUCUUAGAGAAGAUGCUAGGCAGCUUUUGUUUGGUGGCUUUGGUUUCGUUCCUGAUAUCCCUUAUCUCCAGAGAUGGCUUGAGAUUGCUUGGGAAAGGGGUUUUGAUACCUUUGGUGCUCAGCAUUUCAAUCAUUCUGUUUAUGGUUCCAAAAAGUGGAUUGGUGCCACUGAAUGUGCUGCCCUUUUCCGUUCUUUUGGUUUUCGGGCAAGGAUUGUUGAUUUUGGUCCUAAAGAAGUGGAAUCUCUUUUUCUUUCUGUUCCUGGUGCCCAUAUGGGCUCCCAGGUUGUGAGGACAAAGGCCAGAGUAUAUGGGCCCAUGGAUAGAUAUCUGGUUGAUAGAAAUAGUGAUGUCUCCCAACCAGACUUUACUGCCUAUGCCAAUUGUCGAAGCUCUUCGAGUCACUUGGCUGAAGUGAGCAAUCAAACUAUGACAAGUAACUUUUCAAGCAACAAUGAAGGUCAUCAGGUUCUCCUUGAUUGGGUGUGGAAUUAUUUUUCUCAAGGUAGCUCAACAACACAUGCCGACCGUUGUCAUGUUACCGUUACUGACAGAACGCCCUUGUAUUUUCAACAUGAUGGACACUCAAGAACCAUUGUUGGGAUUGAAGUCAGACAUCAAAAGAAUGGAAAACUGCAAUUCAGUCUCUUGAUUUUGGACCCUGGUCAUAGAACAGAAGCUCUAGAAAAAUCACUGAAAGAAAAUACCAUAUGGAAGAAGCUAAUAAAAAGAGGAGUUCAUACACUGAAGAAGCCUCAAUACCAGUUAUGUUACAUUGAUCCUGGAGUGGCAAGUGGGGAUGAGAUGGAGAAGCUCAAGACAAUGGAUAGUGCCUUUAUUGAAUUCUAGAAGAAAAAUUUGAAGCUCUGCGCUUCCUUUUCCAUCGUUUCAUAAUGUAUUUUAACCUCAUUCCUUUUCUUUUGAUGCUGAAAAUGAGUGCAUACCCAUUUGCUAAACCAUUAAAGAGAAAUGGUACUGUAGCCUGUAAUGUGCAUCUUAUUGUUUGUAUUUCUUAAAGCUAACUCAAGUUCUGAA